UUAUUUGUUUUGUUUUUAAAGACAAUGUUUCACUAUGUAGCCAGAGCUAGUCUGGAACUCACUAUCUUCCUGCCUCAGUCUCCUCAGUCCUAGUAAUAACGUCAAAUGUCACCACACCUGGCUACAAAGUCUGUGGAUUGUUUUCUUGGCUCUUUUCUGUUCUGCCAUUACCCUGUGCUCUGUACUGUGAUGGUUGGUGGUGCUGGUUCUCAGCUGUGUACGGGUGUAGCACUGCCGUAUAAAGAUCUGCUGCAGAGAGGAACCCAAGGCUUCUGCUUUGCUCUGUUUUGCUUUGCAUGAAGCAGCUGGGUUGUUCAGUGUUCAGUGCUGUGCAAGUAAAUGUAUUAUCUAAAGGGAGUUCUUGGGCUACCAGAUCACUUAUGCCUAGCAUGUCCCUAGUGUGGCUCUGGGUUCAAUUCCCAGCAUUUCACAUAAUAAAAUGAACUAGAAGCUAACUGUUGAUUUUUGGUUCUUAGAUUAAUUUUUAUUUCAUGUGUAUGAGUGUUCUGCUUGCAUGUAUGUGCACAUGCAGUGGGCGUCUGGGUGGAACUGGAGUUAAGGAUAAUUGUUUGCCGCCUUUGGGAUGCUGGGAACUGUCUUCUGUAAGAGCAGCAAGUGAUCUUAUAACCACUGAGCCAUCUUUCCAGUUGAUUUUAUAUAGGAUUUAUUUGUUUCUCAAAAAGCAAAAUAAAAAAAGAAACAUCCAGUGACUUAAAUUUUUCUUACAUAUAAGAAAGCACAUCAUCCUUGCAUAUCUAGUCCCUCCCCCCAGUGACCAGUGCAUCUUCUUGUUCCGUACCUGUAGACUCAACUAGCUUAGGAUCAGAAAUGCUCUGGAGCCAGGCUUGGUGGCACAAGCUUGUAAUGUUAACAUUUGGGAGGUUGAGUUCAAGGAUGGCUAGGCUACAUUGACAAAUUCUGUGUGUAUACUUACAGGCAUGUACACACGGGGAGGGAAGUGUGCAUCUGCACUGAACAAGCACAACGUUGUUUUGUAUUCUUAUUCCCUAGACAAUACAGCAUAACAUUUAUGUAGCAUUUACAUUGUUUUUGGUGUAAGUCAUCCAGGGACUUAUGUGUGUGGGUUAUAAGGAAAUAAUUUAUAUAAAGGACUUGCGCGUCUGUGAAUGUUGGCAUCCUGGAUAGGAGUCACGAACCUCCCCCACCCCCGCAAUACCUCCAUGAGGUAUCUCUUGUGGGAAUCUGCAUUCUGUCUCUGUAGAAUAGGAGUUUUGUUAUAAUAAUCAGUCCAUACACUUGUUUAGUUAGACUUCUGUGAUGAGAGUGUGCCACAGGUGUAGCUGGCAAGUGCAGGUGCACAGUAGCACUACCCUUGUGCAUAACCAGUCAGCAGGGAUGAGGUAGGGACUCUCCACGGGGAGCAGGGGACUAGAGGAAGCAGGCCAAGCCGGCUUGGUUUACCUUAUCUCCCUGCUGCCUUAUCCUUCCUCUUGAGCCUUGAUUGGUCUCAGGGUCCCCACACCUGAGACAGUUUAUUGUUGCCCACCUGGGGGGGGCAGCAGUACUUUGGUUGGGUCCAGGCCCCUUGUUCUGGCUCUCAUACUGUUUGAGACAAGAUCUUGCUGUGAUGGGCAGUCUGUGCUGGUGAGAAGCUGCCAUCCUUCUGCCUCCUAAGCCAUAUGAGAACUUGGUAAUAGACAUGGGCUGAGUUGGAAAGUAGUCUUGCCUACCAAGUUUCCAAUGUCUGCAGAAUAUCUUCAGGGCUUUGAAAUUUUGAAUUAGGGGUUUUAGUGCAGAAUUGCAUGUGGCACCAUCCAAAGGAUUUUAUUUAGCUUUUUGUAUUAUACUUUAAUUGUAUGUGCUGCCAUGGUGUCUGUGUGGAUGUUAUCAGAGGACAACUUGGAGUGGGGUUCUCUCUUUGCCAUGUGUGUGGAUCCUGGGGAUCAGACUUGGGCAGUCAGUCUUGGUGGCAAGCACCUUUAUCUGUUGAGCUAUCUUGUCAGCCUUGCUAUUCCCCACCCUUUUUAAAAUUGGUCUGUGUAGUAUACACAUGUGUGGUGGGUGGUGUCCAGUGUCCUCUUAGGCUAAAAGCCAGCAAGCUGUAGGAACCUCCCAUCUCCAUCCCUCAACCCCCAACUUGGAGCCAGGGUUACAGACAUUUGGCCAGGAUGCCAGCUUGUUGUGUGGGUGCUCGUGAUUGGGAACAAGAUCUUAACUGGUGACUGUUCAGCCGUGAGGACUAUUCGGUUAGUAAAUAGUCCAGCUUUAAAAUGUUCAGACUACAGAUGUUUUUCACCAAGGAGGGUGGUCCCUAUUGGAAAAGACAGCAAGAAAAGGACAGUGAGCAUAUAGUUAGUUGUCACAUAGAUGGCCACUCUAGCACAGCUACCAGAGCACACUGCAGGGUGGUUCACGGUGCCUGAGGCCACCAUAUGAGCUUGGGUCUUCUGUCUUCUUGGUUGUAGGUCUGAGUUCUCCAUGCUUCUUCCCUGUUGUUUGCCUGGGCCUUCACUUCGGCCUGUGAUGUGAGCACCCCCAUUCUGCAGUUUGCACGGCUCACACACUUUAAGAUGUAUCCAAUCUUGUCUGAUUCUGUGUCUCGGGGUAGAAAUUUCCCUCAACUCAGGGCAGAGUUGAGAAAUCAGAGUAGACUUCUUGGCUAGAGUCAGAAAGGUGGUCUUGAAGGAUCUCACCCAGGGGAGCCGAAGCAGCUUCCUACUCCACUGGGAGCCCCAGGAGUUGGCAUGUAACGAAAUCCUGAAAGCAAACCUACUUCAUAAAGCCCCGGGGUUCUGGACGGAGCACUAGAGUGUGAGUGACGUUUUACUAGACGGGCACAUCUUUAUUUUUCCAAGAGGCUGAAAUUAGAGCCAGAAGACUGACUUCUAAGCAGUGUGUCUGCGUGCACAUGUGAAUUAGAAGCUGGCUGUGUGGAGCAAAGCUGAGUGCUCAACCCUAGUGUUAAUCGCUCUCAGGGCAAGUGACUAGUAUUCAUGGUGCUGCAAGGGAGUAGCGCGGCCUAUCUCCGGUUUCCUAAAAUAUUUGGGGGACAAUGAAAGAAUGUCACUGGUUAGCACAAGGGGAAAAUUCUUAAGGGGGGUGGGCUGCGACCCUCGUAUUCACGUAUACCCAGGCUCCUGGCUCCUGGAAGCACGGGGACGGGGCAAGGGUGUUUCUAGUACGGAUUGAAGCAGGGUCAAAAUCCCAGGGAAUUCAAGCUGGGCGGACGCCCCUCCCGGCACCGCAUACACCCUGCCUGAGGCCAAGUGAGCAGUGCGACCUGCCAGAGAGCUUUGGGGUCUUUUCUUCCUGGCUCCUCCCCAGCGGAAUCGGACGCAGGUUCACCUCGAAGCACCGGUCCUAGCUGGCGCAGAGAGUUUCUAAACCUUAUGAAAGGCUGGGCAGAGUACUGCCCACAGGAUAGCCCGAGGGGUCUCUCGGUGGCAUUGACUCCCAGUGUAGCCCCUCGCUUCGGGGCGCAGGAAUCUGUCAAGCGUGUCUAAGACACGGACCUGGCGGGCGCUCCGGAGGAGCCGGGUGGCCGCGGUGGCGCAUGCGUGCGGUCUUGACCGCGUAGCCGCUCUAUCCUCGCUGCGUCUCGGUGGCCGGCUGGUUUCUUCCGCUUGCGGUGCGGCCUGCCGCUCUAGGCUGGCAGUCUCGCUGGCCUCCGCGCUAGUUCCGUGGCGGCUCUGGAAAUGGCCGCGGGACCCCGGCGGCCGCGGAGCUUGCUCAAGAAGCAGUCCACACUGUCUCUUUGGUUGUUGGAAGCUCCAGAAUCUUCUCACUCAUGAGCUGAGACUGACAAAGGUGUGGUGAAGCUUGGCAUCUGCUGCACCCGUUUCCCCAGGGUUAUUGUUACAUGUGGGAUUGUCAGCCAAAGAUUUCCACGCUUUCAGUUAGGGCAUAGGGUUUUCUUUAAUACCAAUCCUUUCCCUAAGAUGGAACAUGCAAUAAUAUCAUUCAUCACUAUCAUUUAAAUGCUAUUAAAGCCUGGACAGCUAGGAAAAGAAUUUUCAAGGUAUGGAUGAUAAAGGGCACCUGAGCAAUGAGGAAGCACCCAAGGCUAUCAAACCCACCAGUAAAGAGUUCAGGAAAACCUGGGGGUUUAGAAGAACCACGAUUGCCAAACGUGAGGGUGCCGGAGACACCGAGGUGGACCCCAGUGAGCAGCCACCACAACAGCAUAGCCUCUCUCUGCGCCGCAGUGGACGACAGCCAAAGCGCACCGAGAGAGUAGAAGAGUUCCUCACCACAGUUCGCCGCCGAGGGAGAAAGAGUGUGCCAGUCUCACUGGAGGAUUCCAGUGAACCCACAUCCUCCACAGUCACUGAUGUGGAGACAGCCUCAGAGGGCAGUGUGGAGAGUAGUUCUGAGGUCAGAAGUGGCCCUGCGCCUGGCUCCUCAGGGAAAGAACAUCCUGCCUCUUCUGAAAAGGCAAAAGGAGGUGAUGAGGAAGAAGACACCUCUGACAGUGACAGUGAUGGCCUUACUUUGAAGGAGCUUCAGAACCGCCUUCGAAGAAAGCGAGAACAAGAACCCGCCGAGAGGCCCCUGAGAGGCAUUCAGAAUCGCCUUCGGAAGAAGCGCAGAGAGGAGGACCCUGCCGACACUGGGAGUGUCCUAACUGGCAGCACUGAUGAGAGUUUACCUCUCUGUAAGCCGGAGCCUGAGGCUAGUCAGGGACCAGUGUCCCAGUCAGAGAAAGAUGACAGAGAAAAUCAGUCAGAGGGGAAAGCAGCUCAGGGAAGUAAAGAGGAAGGCCCCAGGGAUGCAGGCAAACCAAAGCCUGAGUGUGAGGUUUACGACCCCAAUGCCCUGUACUGCAUCUGCCGCCAGCCUCACAACAACAGGUUUAUGAUCUGCUGUGAUCGAUGUGAGGAGUGGUUCCACGGUGACUGUGUGGGCAUCUCUGAGGCCCGAGGGCGGCUCCUGGAAAGGAAUGGGGAAGACUACAUCUGCCCAAAUUGCACCAUUUUGCAAGUGCAGGAUGAGACGAGUGCCAGUGCCACUGAUGAGCAGGACACUGGGUGCAGACUGACAGGUGCUGACGGCACAGACUGUACAAGUAUAGGGAUAGUAGAGCAGAAGUCUGGUGAAGACCAGGGGAUAAAGGGUAGAAUUGAAAAGGCGGCAAACCCCAGCGGCAAGAAAAAACUCAAGAUAUUCCAGCCUGUCGUAGAGGCUCCUGGUGCUGCUAAGUGCAUUGGCCCUGGGUGUUCUAAUGUAGCACAGCCUGACUCGGUGUACUGCAGCAAUGAUUGCAUUCUCAAGCAUGCUGCAGCUACCAUGAGAUUUUUAAGUUCAGGUAAAGAACAAAAACCAAAACCCAAGGAAAAGGUCAAGAUGAAGACAGAAAAAUUCAGUCUUCCAAAAUGCAGUGUUCAGGCAGGGAUUAAAAUCUCUUCUGUACACAAGAGACUAGCUUCAGAGAAAAAAGAAAACCCAGUGAAGAAAGUGAUGGUGGCUCCUAGGAGUGAAACUUGUGGGAAGGAGAUAACCUGCGAAAGCACCACACCAUCCUGGGCGAGUGACCACAACUACAAUGCCGUGAAGCCCGAGAAGCCUGAGAAGCCCACCGCACUCUCUCCUACCCUAUUGAGUAAAUCCACGAAGGAGGACAGGAGAGCAGAGGACAGAACAGUGGCAGCAGCUACAGUCCCAAAGAAGACAGUUCCUCCGGGCUCCUUGAUGGGCAGGCACACUUCACCUAGAAACCUUGUUCCAAAGAAGCUUCCACCUUAUGCUAGCAUGGCAGGAGCCAAACAAGCCAUUAAGAAGCUGCCCUCAGGCUUCAAGGGUACCAUCCCCAAGAGGCCAUGGCCCUCAGCUACCCCUUCAGGCACUUCUGCCAGACAGGCAGGACCAACACCUGUGACAGCUGCUUCCAAAAAGUUGCCGGGCUCUGCUGCUGUGGUGGGAGUUAUCAGGAAGCCAAUGUCUGCCAAUGUCUCAGCAGCCUCUCCAGCCCCAGGACGCCUUGGGCCUGUGAGCCCAGCCCCAUCACAGCCCAAUUCACAAAUUCGGCAAAAUAUAAGACGUUCCUUGAAAGAGAUUUUGUGGAAAAGAGUCAAUGACAGCGAUGACUUAAUAAUGACAGAAAAUGAAGUAGGAAAAAUUGCCCUCCACAUUGAGAAGGAGAUGUUUAACUUGUUCCAGGUUACUGAUAAUCGUUAUAAGAGCAAAUAUCGCAGCAUCAUGUUCAACCUUAAGGAUCCUAAGAAUCAGGGGCUCUUCCAUCGAGUUCUUCGAGAAGAAAUCUCCUUGGCAAAACUUGUCAGAAUGAAGCCUGAAGAACUAGUAUCUAAAGAACUUUCCAUGUGGACAGAAAAGCCUACAAAGUCUGUGAUAGAGCCCAGGACUAAGAUGCUUAAUGAAAGCAAGAAGAACACUGCUAAGCCAGAAACUAUUCCUGACAUGGAAGAUUCUCCACCAGUGUCAGAUUCAGAAGAACAACAAGAAUCAGUAAGAGCUGCCCCUGACAAGAGCACAAAGCCUCUUCUUGAUGUCUUCAGCAGCAUGCUAAAGGACACAACAAGUCAGCAUCGGGCUCAUCUUUUUGAUUUAAACUGUAAAAUUUGUACAGGUCAGGUUCCGUCAUCGGAGGAUGAACCAGCUCCUAAAAAGCAAAAGCUUUCAGCUUCUGCUAAGAAAGAAGACUUGAAGCCCAGGCAUGACAGCCCUCCAUCUGAUCCAGUUCCUAACACUGCUGAUGAAGGAAUUGCAGAGACACUGUCUGAACAUGCCUCUGAGCCAGACCUGGAGAAUUUGUCUAGUCUGAACCAGGAAAAAAAAUGUUUUCCUGGGCCUCCAGGUGAUGGCCAUCCUGAGCCCUCACCACUGGAUGGCCUCUCUCCCUGCUCUGCCUCUGGUGGGAGUGGGGUGGUCACCACAGUCACAGUGUCUGGCCGAGACCCCAGGACCGCCCUGAGUGGGUCAUGCACAGUCACAGCCUCCAUGGCAGCCCACCUGGACAACUCCCACACAUCAGAAACCAAACUGGACACGCUGAAGCCUCCUUUGACUCCUGCAGUGGUGCCUAAGUCCAUACUGGCUAAGCCGUCCUCCUCUCCUGACCCAAGAUACUUGUCAGUACCACCGUUACCAAAUAUGAGCAUUUCAGAAUCACGAUCCCCGCCAGAAGGAGACACAACCCUCUUUUUGUCUCGACUCAACACAAUUUGGAAAGGAUUUAUUAAUAUGCAGAGUGUUGCAAAAUUUGUCACUAAGGCAUAUCCUGUCUCUGGGUGUUUGGAUUAUCUUAGUGAGGAUUUGCCAGACACCAUCCACAUUGGUGGAAGGAUUGCUCCAAAGACGGUUUGGGAUUAUGUCGGCAAGCUCAAGUCAUCCGUGUCCAAGGAGCUCUGUCUGAUCCGCUUCCACCCCGCCACAGAGGAGGAAGAAGUCGCCUACAUCUCUCUCUACUCCUAUUUUAGCAGCCGUGGCCGCUUUGGGGUUGUAGCUAAUAACAACAGGCAUGUCAAGGACCUAUACCUGAUUCCACUGAGUGCUAAGGACCCUGUGCCAUCCAAACUCUUGCCCUUUGAGGGCCCAGGUCUUGAGUCACAACGUCCAAAUAUAAUACUUGGGUUAGUAAUAUGUCAGAAAGUCAAACGUCCUACGAGCGCUGGAGAGGUAGACAAGACAGAUGAGAAGCGGACUCGACCCCAACAGGAAGAAUCAGAGACUUCCAUUUAUCCCAAAGUACCUGCAGCUUUGCCAUCUGAGAAGAAGCCUACCAAGUACCACCUGCACUCUGCAGACACAGCUGCCAGCAGCACCACACCCCCGGGCUCUCCGCCACCCCCUCCUCCUCCUCCUCCUCCUCCUCUUCCUGAACCCCCAGUACUGAAAAUACUGUCAUCCCUCAAGCCAGGAUCCACCAGCACUGUCACAGCACCCACCACAUCAGCAGUGGUCACCACCACAGCUUCCCCUGUUGUUUCCGCCACUUCAAAAACAGCCUCACCUCUGGAGCACAUCCUACAGACUCUGUUUGGGAAAAAGAAGUCAUUUGAACCCUCUGUCCAAGAGUCUGUCAGGUCUACCCUGUCUCCACACCAGGAUCCCAAGGCCAAGGGGGAGGCCGCCAUGUCAGCAGCUCCUUUGUUGGAUCCAAUUGUCCAGCAGUUUGGUCAGUUCUCAAAAGACAAGGCUCUGGAGGAAGAAGAGGAAGAUGACCGGCCCUAUGACCCGGAAGAGGAGUACAACCCCGAGCGAGCCUUCCAUACCCUGCUUGCUGAGCCAGGGAGACGCCAUGACGUGGAAAAUGUCCCUGAGACAACUGAGAGGGAAGAGGUGGCCUACGACCCAGAAGAUGAGACCAUCUUAGAAGAAGCUAAAGUGACCAUUGAAGACCUGCCCAAUCGGAUGUGCGUCAAAGUCAGCUCCACUGAGAGGCCUGCUGACUUCACCACCGAUGCCACUAAUGCCUCUCUAGUAGAGCAACAGAAAAUGUUAGAAGAGCUAAAUAAGCAGAUUGAGGAGCAAAAGAGGCAGCUGGAGGAGCAAGAAGAAGCCCUUCGGCAGCAGAGGGCUGCCGUUGGCGUGUCCAUGGCACAUUUCUCUGUGUCAGAUGCACUGAUGUCACCACCUCCCAAGUCCUCCCUGGCCAAGACGGACCUGUUCUCUCAGGAACAGCAGGCCCAGGACCCAAGUCACGGAGCCCUGGGUGCCAACCACAACUUAGACUCAAGACAGAGUAGGGACCCCAGGCAGGCCAGGAGGCUGGCUGCUGAGAACACUGAGAGUGAACCUCUUCCCAGGGCUCCCACAGGAAGCACACCUGGCCCACAAAGCACCUUGCCUGCCAGGGAGACUCCUGCUGGGACUGCAGCAGUCCAGGGGCCUGUGUUGGCUCCGGAAGCCAAGGAGUCAGUGGCUGUUCCCUGGGCUCCAAGUGAAAACGCUGUGUUGAGGCCGGAACAUGAUAUCCAGAAGUGUGAGCACCCUGGUAACCCUGUCGCGUUGCCCCUGGACAACAGCCACCUUCCUGCUGCUGGUGAUGGCGCAGCCAGACCCGCAGCGCCCCGCAGAGUGCUGCUGCCCACGCCUCCUAGCGCCACCUUACCACCCAGCUUCCCUUUGCAGCCUGAAGCCCAGAAUUUCACUUCCGGAGGAAGGGAGUCUUUUCCAGGGCCCAUGUAUCUGUCUCAGGAAACAUCUCUUGGCUCAUCCCAAUACGAGGACACUCGGGGUGCUCAGUCUGCUGGGAGGAGUGACAGCCCAGCAGCUGAUACUGAGGACAGCAGGGAGACACAGCUCAGGACUGGCGAGGGAACUACUCCAUUCCUCCAACCUGGGCAGAGGGGAGGGGGCCCUCAGCCCCAGUUUCCUGGCCAGCGUGAACCUUUGCCACGCACUUUUGGGAUGUCGGGGCACCAUGGCCCCGGUUUCCCAGGACCUAGGGGGCCAGUCCCUCCCUUUUCAGAAGAAAAUAUUGUUCCAAACAGUGAUGGACCAAGAGGCCCACCACCUGCCCGAUUUGGGGCCCAGAAGCCACCAAUCCCUUCCUUGUUCUCUGGGCAACAUGGGCCACCUCCCUACGGAGACAGCAGGGGACUCUCACCUUCUUAUCUUGGUGGGCCCAGAGGAGGAACUCCGCCCCAGUUUGAAGAACGCAAGGACCCACAUGGGGAGAAGAGAGAAUUCCAGGACACGCCAUACAACGAGAUGGCAGGUACCUCUGCUCAGUGUGAAGGACCAGACCAGGCCCAGUUCAUGGGGAACAGGGCACCCUUCCAAUUUGGAGGCCAGAGACGGCCCCUGCUGACUCAGAUGAAAGGACCCCGUGGAGGGCCUCCGCCAUCUCAGUUUGGAGGCCAAAGGGGACCACCUCCUGGCCACUUUGUGGGUCCACGUGGACCCCAUCCUAGUCAGUUCGAGACUUCCCGCAGCCCUCACCCUGGCCAAUUUGAAGGGCCCAGGAACCAAGCACCUGGUUUCAUGCCCGGCCCCCGCGGCGUUCAGCCCCAGCAGUUCGAAGAGCAGAGGGUGAACUCACCACCGCGGUUUGCUGGUCAGAGGGCACCAGCACCCCUGCCGUAUGGAGGACCAAGGGGGCCCGCACCCUUUGCCGAGAAAAAUGAUCAGCCACCUUCUCGGUUUCACUUUCAAGGACAGUCUUCCCAGCCUGUGAAGCCUCCCCCUCGGCCCCUGCUGGAGCUACCCAGCCACCCUCCUCAGCACAGGAAGGACCGAUGGGAUGACGCAGGCCCGGCCGCUGCCCUGCCUUCCAGUGCUGGGUCUGGGCAGGGCCCUGAGACUGACGGGCAGUGGGCCACGUCCGAGUUCCGAGAAGGCAAAAGCCAUGAGUACAGGAGCCCAGCUUUUGAAGGGAGGCAGAGGGAGCGGUUUGAAGGAGGACCUAAAGAAAAGCCUCUGGAUGAGGCUGAAGCUCAAGGGUCGGAGAGUCGGCAGGGCCGGGCAUUUGAGGAUCGGAGGCGAGAGCGCGAGAGAGGCAGAAACUGGAGUCGAGAAAGAGACUGGGAGAGGAGCCGGGAGUGGGACCGGCACCGGGAGUGGGACAAAGGCAGAGAUAGGAGCUCCAACAGGGACAGGGAGAGAGACACCGACCGGGCUAAGGAGUGGGACCGAAACCGGGAGAGAAGCAGGAAUCGCGACCGUGAUCGGGAAAGGCGGCGAGACCGAGACAGGUCCCGGAGCAGAGACCGAGACAGGGACCGUGAGAGAACCCGAGACAGGGACCGGGACCGAGGCCGGGACCGGAAGGACCGUAGCAAGAGCAGAGAGAGCCCUCGGGACCUGAAGUCUGAGGCCAGGACCUCCGAUGGGGGCCCUGCCACAGCCCAGGCCUAGAGGCCAUUGCACUCAGGGCUGGUGGCAAGACACACGCUGGUGAGGACAAAGACCUCGUGUCAGCUAUUGUUCAUAUAGGCUCAGACUGGCAAAGACCCUUUUAAAAGCCAAGUACAUAAAAUGUGUUGAGCAAAAAGUUUUUGAAAUAGCUAUGAACUUAGAUGCAGGAUAUAAUAUUCUGGACUUCAGGAAUUACUGUAAUUUUGUGUAUAAUGGUUUGUUACAAAAUUUCCCAACUUUACAAUUCUGAUGUUUUUUUAAUAACUUAAUAUUUCCAUUUAAAAUUACAGAAAUGGGAAAGUAUCUACAAAAGCAUAUUGCUUUUUUUUCAGAUUAUAAAGUUAUCUUUUCCAAUAACUUGACUGGUGUAAGUUUUAAGGGAAUUUCAGUGGACCGUAGAGCUAGCUUUCCCUGUGCUGCCAUCUCUGCUUCCAUAUACCCUGAGCUGUCCUGGGGCUCGCAGCGCUGCCCUGGAUGGAAAGUACUGUUGAGUGGGUGAGCUGGGGUGUGUGCUUGCAGCUGUGGGAGAACGGUCUUCCUAAGCCUGGCUCCCCACAACGCAUCACUUCAGAAGUUUUUUCAGAACAUAAUUAGAAAUAUCCCGUCCUAGUGAAAAUUGUUACAUUUUAAAUAACUAUUUUUAAAUGUUCGAAUUUAUCGGCCUAAAGAAGAAGCAAAGCAGUUCAGAGUAGCUUAUGAGGGAAGAGGCAGGAGGCGUUCAGAAAAGCAUUGCCCAGUGCUGUCCUCUGAGUGUCUCUCUGCAGACCCACAGGCCCCAGACAGAUGAUGGGUUUGGAAGCUUCUCAUGGGAUGGGGCAAUGUUGGUACCAAGUCUGGAAGUGGAUUGAGGGUGAAACAGACUGCUUCGUAGCCUUUAGACUACUCCACUGUUGCUGCAUAGCCCCUCUGAAGAUGCUGUGAGAAGGUCGGCUAACUUAUUUGACUGUGCAAAUAUGUUUGAUAGUUCCUUUUAUAUUUUCAUAAACUUACUUUUUCAGAUAGAGAAUUAGAGAUCUUCGUUUGUUCUUUGGAGUCUUUUAUUUCACUGUACAUCACUACAGAUUUUUUUCACUUUAUAGCACAAAUUUUUAAGUUGAGAAGACAUGGAAAAAAUAGCAAUUUGGGAUAUUUGCUAUUACAAACCAAAUGUCAGUAGGUUAAAUUACAUGAAAGUGUCAAUUUCAACAUCAAAUAAGAUGUAAAGGUUUUUUUUAACAUAUGAAGUAAAAUUUUCUAACUUAAAUGCACAGCAUAAAAAUCAAGUGUGUUUCUUUUAGGUUUACUUGGUAGAAAUUUCUGUACAUUGUAUUUUGUAUUGCAGAGUGUUAUAUCACUGUCCAUUUAAACACAGGACAUCAUAGGUUUUGUUACUUGGAGUAGAAUAAAUAUCUACAGAGUU